GAUAACGAGAGAGGAGUCGCGACUCUGUGUCCCACCGCAUACCAAAGAGAAAAGGAUAGUGCGCGUAUAAGUCCCUCUGUGUUGUUCUCGUGCUUCUGGAGUAACAAGUGAGCGGCGAAACGGCGUUGCCAUGACGACAGAGACUCACACUGUGGCGAUGACAGACCCACAGUUAGCAAACAACAACAACAACAACAACACCAACACCAACAACAACAACAACAACAAUAACAAUAACAAUAACGAUGGCGAGCCGAAAUACUUGCACAAGAAGUUCAAGAAGAUGGCGACGACCGAGGUUACGCCGCAAGUGGAGCCCAAGGAGGACGCCGUGGUCAGCAACGGUUCUCCAGAGACAACUAAAAGGAAGGAGUCGGCCAAGGACUCCAGAGAGUCGCCGAAAGAUCCGAUCAAGAUCGAGAUCUCUGCGGAACCCGCGGACGGAGAACCGACCGAAUCGAGGAAAAACGGCUACGUGUGUCCAUAUUGCAGGCUGUCGUGCGCCAAACCGAGCGUCCUGCAAAAACACAUCCGAGCUCACACCAACGAGAGGCCGUAUCCUUGCGUUCCUUGCGGAUUCGCGUUCAAGACCAAGUCGAAUCUCUACAAGCACUGCAGAUCCCGUGCUCACGCCCUCAAGAUGGAGGGCGGUGAUGCCAGCAAGGUAUCGGAGGACUCGGACAUAAGCUUGUCCGACAGUGCGAGCAACGGAACCGGCACACCACCACCUCCUCCGUCAUCGACGCCCACGACGACUUCAGUUAGUGUAAAAACGAUUAAAACGGGGAAAAUCUACAAGCCAAAAUUUCACACGGCCCUCCAGUGUGUCAACAACGAUAUCGAAACGUCUUCCCUUUCCUCCAUUUCUUCCACGAACAGUUCUUCCUCGACAGCCGCUACCACCACGCCGAAACCAAACCCGGAGCAAGUACAGGAACAUAUUGAUAAAAUUAUUACGGACAACCAAGCGAUCGUCGAUGCGGUAGAUCCGCGACUGCACAAACUGAUUCAAAGACAGCAAAGCCUCGUGGAAACGAAACAGUCUACCGAUCAGCCGUUGAAUCUCUCAUCCGCGGAGGAAUCUUCGAGAAAACGAUGUUACAGCGAGAGCUUCGUGCAAGAAAGCAAAGAUUAUCCGAACGGUCCGGAAAGUUCGAUAAUCAAGGAUCUCCUAUUGAAAAAUCAAAACUCGAGUCAAGAGGGAACGACGGAAUACGAGAGCUAUUUCUGCCCUUCCUGCAAUAUCCCUUACUCGAGUAUCGAUAAUCUCGACGUUCAUCGUAAGUACUACUGCAAAGGCAGCGCGAGUCCUCGAAGAGAUUAUCAAUUGGAAAUGGAGAAAAGAGAGUCGGAUUUUGAUUCCAAGUCUUCCGAAUAUUACAACACCUUGCAACCCCUUCCCUCUCCCGGGCCUCUGUUGGGCAAUACGAGGCUCGUCGACGCGUACGCUCCACCCAUGAAGAAACAGAGAUCGGACCCCGUACCAACCACAUUACGAUCUCUCGAGGAGCUAAGCAAGUAUCCACGACCAAACUCGUUGCAAAUGUUCGGCGGGGAAGUCAGGAUAUUGGAUAAUACCGGUGAAACGAAGACGAUGAGAAUCGAGCCGCGACAAACAAACUCUCCUACGAGCGAGCAGAUCGUGAGCAGCAAGUGCGUCACUUCGGAGACCGCUUCGAUCGUGGUUAGAUCGGGUCUUCACUCGGGAGGCACGAUGGUACACAAACCACCGCGUACGGCGGUCAGCACGCCUAGUUCCUCCAUAUCUUUGCCCAACACACCGAAAAUGUUGGCGCCGAUCAUACCGAACAUAUCAACCUCGAAUAUAGCACCCAACAUGUCGUGCUACAGUUAUCUAGAGCCGAACUUAAAUCCUCUGACCAGUAUCACUGCCUAUAACCCGCUGACUUUGCCUCAACCGGGAAUCACGAAUAUCCUUCACGGUGGUAAAGUUAUACCUUAUGUUCCUGGCAUGCCUGGACCACACACCCUGACGCCAGCCAUAGACAUAUCCACGAGUUUAGCCACCGAUGAAGCCGGAUACAAGGUGAUACCAGGAUUGCCUGGCCUCCACAUAGUCCCUCAACCCUUAGAUCUCGCCAGUCCGGUGAAAAUACAUACGCCAAGUACAAAUACCAACGCCACCAAGAUACAAACUCCAAUAGCUGGAAUUCCAGAGCCGAUGUCCAAUGGACACGUCUCGAUGAUAGGCCAGCCAUUGGAUCUCGCCAGCCCGGCAAAGGACCCCAAGCUCGGCUUCAAAACUCCUGGCAACGACGUUUUGAAGAUCGGAUUAACGAGCCCAAAAGUUCCUAGCGUUAACGAGACCUCGACGAGACUUCGCCUCAAGUUCUUGAGGCCGACUUCGUUGCCACUAAAACCAGGCACGUUCACGCCCAAGAAGCAUCAUGGUAUCACACCUACGGCAAACACGCUUCCGCUCAUAAGCCCAGAAACCCCUCGGCCGAAGAAAUCCUACGGGCAGCUUUAUUUGAACGGUCACGCGUAUACAUAUCUUGGCCUGAAAUGUUCGACCAGAGUAUUUUACUGCACUCUGAAUAGACCGCAGCCGAUGUAUGUGACACAGCAACACGGCUUAUCUAUGUACUCGAAUUGGAAGAUAUGCAAAGAAGUACCAUCUGACGUUGAUAUGGCGCAUUAUGAUUCGAGGCACAGACCGCUUAAUUAUACGACCGCCUGGAAAAAACAGGAGGACAUUCUGACGCAUUCCUCGGAAAGACCGACCACUCCAACUAGUUCCGAUAGCGGUUUGGAUAGCGAUAUGCAAGAAAAAGCGAAAAGGGUUAAGAUAUUCGACGGAGGAUUUGAAAGCAACGAGGAUUAUACAUAUGUCAGGGGCAGAGGUCGAGGCCGAUACGUUUGCGAGGAAUGCGGCAUUCGUUGUAAAAAGCCAUCCAUGUUAAAGAAACAUAUCAGAACGCACACGGACGUAAGGCCGUACACGUGUAAACAUUGCGCUUUUAGCUUUAAAACCAAAGGCAACCUGACGAAACAUAUGAAGUCGAAAGCUCAUUACAAGAAGUGCGUCGAGCUCGGCGUUGUUCCGGUACCUACGACAGUCUGUGAUGAAAAUAUCGAUAAAGAAGCUAUCGCCCGGUUGGCUGCAGGUGGAAAUACCGAGGAAUCCUCGGAAGAGGAGGAAGAAAGCGAUGGAGAGGAGAGUGAAGAAUCCGGAAGCGAGGAACAAGAAGCUGCACAGAGUUUGCUAAGUCUGUCGCAACGUAAUACAAACAGAUUUCCAGGGCUUCUACCGUCUGGAAGACCGACAACUUACCCUUACACUCUAACUUUCCCAACGACCUCCAGGUCCGCGAACGUGUCAUCUACCGCGAUAAGCAACAACGUCUGCUUGAGCAGCCAAACUGUCACCACGCAAGAAACUACUCUCGUUCGAAACGAAUUGUCCCAUCGAUACUAUUUCCCCUCGAGCCGAACCGCUCCGGAAGAAUCGAGGACGACCGUGAUUCAAUCAUCGAAAAAAGAAAGUUCCGACAUCGAGGUGAACGGAGUCGAUACCGACUCGCGAAAUACUUUGGCACAGCCUAUGGAUCUCACGACGAAACCAGCCCUACAACCGUUGCCCUCUUCCAUACAGCAAAGGGCCAAGCCAGCAGAUAUUUUAACUCCCGUUUCGGAACCGGUACUGUUACAAACGAUCGUUCAAACGAUGGAAAGACUACCGAUACAAGGAAGAGAGUGGAAACCGGAUGCCGAGGGGCAUAUGUUGCAAGCAUAUCUCACUGAACGACACGUUAUGGAUAGUAAAAUUAAACAACAAUACCGAGUAGGAAAUACGAAGAUGGAAAAGCAACCGAGAGAGAGGGACAUUUACCCGGAACAAUCAUCUCCGAAAUCAAGGAACGCUGAAUUAGACACUAGUCCAGUAACGACUUAUAACGAUCCUAGCAAGAUACAAAUGACUAUGAUAGAUUCCAGGAUUAAGCACGUAUCCAAGCAUACCACUGAAGAUAUCAAGAUGGAAAUCAGAGAGAAAAUUUAUCAGAACAACAUCGUCAUAGAUAGACGGUCGUUCGAUAUCGAAUCGAUUCAUAGAGAAAAAGAAAUAGCAGAGAGCAUGAAACAUACGGUUGCGCGGAAAAUGGUUGUCGGGGGACCCGGUUUUAGAUCGCCCUCGCCUAACGCUGCAACCACUAAACCACAAGCUGAGUUCUUGCAGCCCUCGAAUGGACCUGCACCUAAUUAUGUCAGUUACAGUGUGACUGAAGAUGGGAGAAGCGUCUGUGGAAUUUGUAACAAGGUGUUCAGCAAACCUAGUCAGUUACGGUUGCAUAUCAACAUUCAUUACUUCGAGAGACCAUUUAGAUGCGAAAGUUGCGCGGUUUCUUUUCGAACCAAGGGUCAUUUGACAAAGCACGAAAGAUCUGUUUCUCAUCACAAUAAGGUUAGUAUGACUUCCACGUUUGGAGCAGCGACCACCAGCAAUCCAAGGCCAUUUAAAUGUACAGACUGCAAAAUAGCAUUCAGAAUACAUGGUCACUUGGCGAAGCAUUUGCGUAGCAAAAUGCACAUUAUGAAAUUAGAAUGUUUAGGAAAAUUGCCCUUCGGAACGUACGCUGAGAUGGAAAGAUCUGGUGUCAAUUUGAAUGAUAUUGAUACUACCGACUGUGAUAAUAGUCUUUCUAGUCUUCAGAUGCUGGCUCAAAGACUUUGUGAAAAAGAUCCUACAAAAAUAGGUCAAUGGGAGUCUGAAACAAUUCCAAGUCAAGUGAUCAGCGGUGGUGAGACUUCGUCCGAUGAGGGUGAGCCUAUUCUGCAGCAUGCGUGAAAGUGACAACCGCGAAUAUGUAUCGAUCGUAUCAUGUGCCAAUUGCAAACGAAAAUCCAAAGUCCGGUGUCCACCUUGGGAAUUCUUAGUUUAAUCGACAGAAGCACGAGGACAGCGCGGAAGACAGCCAGAAUUAACCUACGUUUUCCAUAGAGGAUACAAAGCCGGACGAAGAUAUACAAUCAUAUAAGUGCCAAGUUUGCACAGUGUUUACUAUGAACGAAUUAUAAGAACGAGUUACAUUGCUUUGUUGAACAUAAUAUCAAAUCAGAUUCUAGUACAAAUACCCAAGGGGAUAGGGGCUUGAACGUACACAAGUGUAGAGAGAAAGAGAAUACUCAGAUAUGAAUUACAGAUGAACUCGUAGUCAAGACAGAUCACAAUCACAAUAGACAAACAAUCGAAGACACGUAUGUAGUGCCAAAAUAAUGCAGCGAACUAUAGACAAUCUGCGGUGAAAUUUCAAAGAAUUCGUUGCCGUAACAGAUAAAAUAUAGCUGUAAUAACAAAAUACCAUCACCUUUCGAAGGAAAUUUUUCAAGAGAGAUUUUCAUUAACCAAGUUAAUAGCGUUUGUUAUUGUGAUGAAACAUUGCAGCAAUCUUCUUCCAAGAUGCCAAAAGAGCGAUUUAAUUACAUUAAAAACAAAUUCUACAAUAUGGUAAUGUACAACAAAAAAUUAUCGAAAAAAAAUUACUAUUAUAAUGAAACUCUGAUUUAUUUAAUGUGUAUUUAUUUAAUGCGUCGAAGUAUACAGAGUACAAACAGAAUAGUACUAUAGUACAAAGAUAAAAGAGGGAAUUAUAUGUGAAAAGAUAAAUAAAAAACAUGCUAUGAAAUUUCUAAUCCGAGACUUCGUUUUCAGAAAAAUUUAUUUUGGGAAUUCAUCGAACAUAGAUUGGGGUUAGUUAUUAUCCUAUUUCGUUACUAAUUGUUUUAUACGACAUAAUUUUCCCGACUAUUUAGAUUUCAAUCAAAGAUUUCCGAUCACUGAAGAUACACGAUGAUGUAGUUUGGUAAUAUAACGAAUUUUUGUACGAAUCCGGGUUCUUCUUUUUUUGCUUUUCUACCAAUAUUGCCAGACAUUCAAGCUCGUGAUUUUUCACAUGCCCACGUAUAUCAAACAGAAACUGUAGAAGAAUUAAUUAUUUGUGUAUUCAAGCAAUUUCUAAAAUCAAUUGUGUCUCUUUUGUUUUUCGUAACAUAUUCCUUAUUCUUUCAGUUUCAGUUAUACUACUGUCUCACUCUGUAUAAUAGACGCAUACCUUGCAAUAUAAAGCAGUUAAAUGCACGUUAAAAAUUAAUUGACUUCGGAAAUUGAAAGCAAAAAUAUUGAAUACUUAACAAUACAAUUUUGUUAUUUUCUAAUAAACAAAAUUUGCUGUGCAGCCAAUCACAUCAUCAAAAGAGUGAUCUUUUUAUGUUUUAAACAUUUUUAUCGAUACUACUUCCUACGUGUGUAAAACUAUACAAUUUUUCUUUAUAGAUUUAAAUUAAAAUGUAGUAUUUCCAUUUUAAACAGGUAGCAUUAUUCAUUUUAUUUUGCUUCAGUCUUUUAAAAAUAAUUUUUUAAGCGUACAGAAAUAACCAAGUCAUCUGUAUUUAACAUAGUUAUACGUGUACAUAAUAUAACAGUAAAUAUAUUGUACAGAUUUAUAACCAAAUGUGUCAUACAAAAUGUACUGAAAAGUUAUUGAAGGUAUAAUGGUUUAUCUAAAUGCCAUUCCUAGAAAUGAAAGAAACAUUAAAUUGAUUUGAUUCCUUUUCUCUUUCAGAAAUAAAAAUUAUGUAACUAAACAUUAUAAAAAAAUUUGGCCUGCAUUACUAUCAUACUAUGAUAUUACUAUAUUUUUUAUUGAUAUAUACUGGCAUAUUGAUAGUUACAAACUUCUACAUGUAAUAUUUCAUGUCAGAAAAUUAAAUUUAGAUAAAGUAUUGUAUAUAUAUAAUUUAAAUUUAUAUUGAAAUAAGUGCACUUAUUAUAAAGCAGAUAAAAAAUUCCGAAUGGGUGACGAGUACAAGUAAAAUAAUAAUGUGCCAAAUAUUUAUAUAGAAACUUAUAAUGUUAUAAUUUCAAUAUAUCGUUUAAUUCUAUGAUUAGAAAAAUCUUUUCUCAGAUGGCAUAACAGAUAAACCAUUAAAAUUCUGUUUUAAAAUUUUGGUACAUACAUGAAGAUACAAUCACAGUGUAAAGCGGAUAUUCUAACUCAUUGAUAAUAAGAAAUGCAAACCUAUGUUUAGUGAGCGUUGUUUAUAUUCUUAUAAUGGUUCACAUAACAGCUUUUUCAUUGUCACUCAUAUUUUAAAAAAAACUGAAGAACAUAUUUGGUAUUACUUACAAUAUUUAUAUAACAACAUGAAUAUUAUAUAUUAUGAUUACAUCUAAAAUCGAAUCAGAAUAUGCAGAAUCGAAUGCAGAUGAAAGAAGAAUUAACUUUAAAACGUAAUUUUGAUUAAACAUUUCUUAUCCAAAACGUUUAUUUAAAUUUUUUACGUACAUAUUUUAACCACUAUAAACUUUUCUUCUGAAAUAAUCUUAAAUACGGGGAGAAGGUAUUUUCAUUAUUUGUUACAAAGUUUAUAUAAUGAAAAAUAGUUCAGCCGAAUUAUUUAAACCUUAACAUUAACAAUUUUGAAAUUUGCUAAAUGUGUAUCUCAUAGUAUGAGAUCUCUUAACACUGUUUCCUUUUAUUGAUUCAAACAUUGAUAUAAAUUCAUUAUUUUAUGAAGCCUUGUUUGUCUAUUUGUCUUCUUUCUUUGAGCUUUAUAUUCACUUAUCAAUUGAAUAAUUUAGUAUAUUAUUUUAGCAUAUUUCUAUAUAACUGUGUUAGAUACGUAUAAAACAAAUGACAUGCAUCUAUAUAGAAACAAAAAUUUAUUCAUUUUUACUUACAUAUUAUAUUUAUUCUUUCAGUUUAUGUUCUAAGAUUACCUAUGUACGUACGAAAUAUUUCUGAUUUAUUUUAUGUGUACAAAACUCCUGCUUUCAUUUUGCUUUUUAAUCCUAACGUAUCCUAAAAACAUGACAUAUUUCUAAACAAUAAUAUGAUACAAUUCUGAUUGUACACUACAACCUCUGAGACAAACAUCAAUUUAUAAUUUUUUUCCUCGUAUAUUUUUUACAGAAUUCUUAAUGUGACAUAAUUUACAAUAUAAUAUAUAUUUCACUCUUUAUUAUGUGUUUAAUAAGUGUUUGAAAGUAAAUGUUAACUAUAAUAAGAAACUCAAAUAAAUAGAAUAUCGUCAUAUAUAGUGCUCAUUUUGUAUACUUGUAUGGAUCACAUAACACCACUAAUAAUAAGAGCCCAGACUGAAAAACUCCUAUUUAUUUUAAAGUAGAAAAUUAUAAAUUACAUCAUUCGUAAAAAUAGUAGUAAUUUAUUACUGAAAAGUUAUCCUUCUUAAUUAUUAUAUCUUAAAACCAAAACAUAAGUUAGAAAUUCUUAUUUAAAUCUCUAUAAAGUUUCCUUCGACUAGUGAUGGUGAGUAAACCUGUAAAAGUAUAGUUCUUAUCUAGUAAAAGAUAUAAUAUUUAUAUACAGUAGUAUUGUGUCAGCAUGAGGUGCAAUGGACUGGUAUGUGAUUCUGUAUGUAAAGUGCAACUGUUGCGUUCAACAUUGAAGAGUAUUCUAAUAUUAAAAAUUAAUAUUAUAUCUAAUUAUUGAUAGAUGAAUCAUAUAUAUAUAUAUAUAUAUAUACAUAUAUUUAUAUGAUAUUAGUAUGAUCAAUUAUGAGAAUUAUUGUUGAUAUAAGAGAAGAUGUGUUUGUAUAUAUUUAUGUAUAAUAUAAUGAAAUCCUAUUAUAGUCUUCACUGUAUGUAAUUGUAAGAAAUUUAUAAUUGGGAACAGAAUCGGUUAUUCGGAUUACCCGCAAAUUAUAAUUUUAACGAUCUUCAUUUAUAGAUAUCUUUUAUCCUUCUAUUAUUUCUGAAAUUUAUAAAUAUUCUGCACUAAAACAGAGUUAGGUAAAGCAUUUUAACUUUUCUCAUAAAUACAUAUUUAUCAUCAUAGUUAUGUCCCAAGCUUUUAUUUGAAAUCAUUUUUUAUUACCAUUAAUUAUUUGUAACAAAAAUAUAUUUAUUGAUUUUAUUAAAUUUUCAUAGUUGCAGACAUACAUUUCUAUUCAAAUUCUUGUUAAAUAUUCAUAUAAUGCUAAGUGAAUAAUAUACAUGUACCAGUAUAAACAAAAAUUAAAUUUUUUCAGCUUAUGAUAACAUCGUAAGAACUAAAGUUUAAAAUAAUAAAUUGAAUAGUACAAUAAAACACUUAAAAUAAAAAAUGAAAGAGUAAUUUGAACUUUAAAGGAAAUUAUACACAAACAUACAUUUAAGUAAAGAUAUUUGAAUUGUCAAUUCAAUAAAUUUAAAUAUAAAGACUACAUACAUGAAUGUUGAAAUUGUAACAAUUAUUGAUAUGAUAAUGAUUUGUGUAAUUUCUAACUCUGUUUAAUAGCUAGUAAAAUUAAUAUGCAUAUUUUAAUAAGUUUGAUUCAAUUUAAUGAAAUGUUGCAGGCUAGAUCAUCAUUAUUGAACUCUGGGUAACCGAUUUUCUGAUUUUGCUUAAGAUAUUUAAAAAGUAACAUACCUUCCACGAGCGAUAGCUAUUCUAUCUUAUAACUAUUAACAUAAUAUGCAGAGCCCAGUUUUUAUUAACAUGUCACUCAAGCACGACUUGUCUUUCCUACUGCAUAAUCAGAUAUCGAUUAUCACAAUUUGUACCUAUGUGUGCUUGAGACAAUAGGAGACGAAUGACCGCACAAUCAUGUACAUUGAGGUCCAUUUGAAAUGUCGCCAAACAAUAUCAAUGUAGCAUAGAUCAAUAUAGCAUUUGGUGUAUAUCCAUUCUAAUGAAAACCGACUAAAUCAUGUAUGAAUUUCUAAAGCGUGCAUGUAUGUAUGUCCACAAUGCCAAGCCAACGAUGUUUAUAUUUUGGAAGAAAUAAUAUGAUAAACAAAAAAUAACUUUUGCAUUGAAAAUAAUAUUUGAUAAAAAAAUAUUAGAAGGAAGAUUUCAUGGAGAAAACAUAUUUUGGAAUGCAGCUGAAGCCAAAUUUCAUACAAUGUAAUAUUUAUCUCUAAACUAUCUCACAUGUGAUUGCUAAGAUAGUUCUUUCAAAAUAUUAUUGUCAAUAUAUUUUCGAAAUAAUUGUUUUUUGUAAAAAUAUGGAGUAUUUUAAACAACAAAAAAUCCUUUACAUAUCAAAUCCAUUAAUUUAGACCUAGGGAAUCAUAAAUAUCUAUACUUUUUAUCAUUUAUAUGCUGCACUAAACGAAAAAAUUUGAUGUAAGAUAAAUAUUCUAUUCGGAAAGAACAUUAUAAAUAUGUUAAACAACAUAUUUUUUCUAGUGUUAUUUGAAAAUAUUUUUAGAUAAUUUAUAUAUAUAUUUAUGUAAAUCUAUUUUUUGUUAAUAUGCAAACAAAAAAUUUUUAUGAAUUUUAUAUGUGAGAAAUUCAUGUUUGCUAACGUGCUUAAUUAAAUACUUAUUACGUGAAAAAAUUGAUGUAAAUGUUACUUUAAAACAAUGUAGGAUAUGAAGUAUAGCAUACAACAAACAAAGAAUUUUAAAGUACUUAGUACAUGCAAUAUUCUUUAACAUGCACAAGGCAUUUAUCACUUAUAAUAACUAGUAUAUCGUUAAAGUUAUUAUAUCAGAAUAUUACAACAGAAAUUAACUGAUUUGUUUCAACAUGCACACAAGCUAUCAUAUUAUUGCCUUAAAACUAUGUUUCCCGAAAAAUAAUAUAUAUUCCAAGUGAAAGGAUCAGAGUAAUAUAUUGCUUUAUAUUAAUGCAAUUAUUUAUCAUAAAUACCGAAGGGACUGAAAUUUCAAGAAAACGUUUUAGAGGAAGGUCUUAAUAUCUUCUAAUAAUGAAAAAGUUCUAAAAAUCUUCCAAUUUUUGUACCAUUAACAAGCAAGUAACAUUACUGUUACAUAAGAAGCUUACUAUAAAUGCUAAAACUUUCAUAAUAAUUGUAGUUUCCCUUUCUUUAAAAAUAAUACUUGUAAAAUUUACUAAUCUAUAUACUAAAGAAUAAAUUGAUUCUGCGUAAUAUUCUGCUUAAUAACACUUUUUAGUUUAGUAAAACCCUAGAAAGAAGUGUUAUAAGUGAUAACAUACUUUGAUCUGUAUACUGUUACUAUAUGUAUAACUCCUGUAAGAAGUUGGCUUGGCUCCUUCCAAACUCAGUAUUAAAAAAUGAUGAUAUUGAAAAAUUAAGAACAAGCAGGAUCAAACCUACAAUUUGUGGAUUAUUUUUGACCAAAUUGUGUUUUACAAGGAAAUUCUUCCAAAAUUUAUUAUCUAUCACUUUAUUUAAAGAAUUUCUGACACAAUCUAUGUCUUUCUACAAAUGAUUAAAAUUUUAUAAUGGGUGUUGACAGUUGCAAACACUUGCAAACAGUUGGCAAACUAAUAUUUUAUAAACAUUUUUUUCCAGUACAUAAUCUAGCUAAAUUGUACUCAUGUGAAAACAUUCAUCUUACACUCUUGUAAUUAGUUCCUAUAAUUAUAAUAUAUUUAAAGUGUAAAAAAUUUAUUAGUGAAAAUAAAUUUUAAUCAAAGUCGAUCAAGCUUCUGUUGAUGAAUAUCAUAAUGCAAUGGGACCGCAUUAAAACUUCAUAAGAUAUACACAUAUGUACAAACAUAUAACAUCAGCUUUUAUGAAAUGUAAGAAUGCCAACAUUUUGCUAGUGUCGCCGUCAGUUUUCUUCCUGAUUCUGUGACUCUGUUGACCUACUGAUAAAAAAAAUGUAAUUUAUUUAUUGUAAAUAAAAACAUAUAUUGCAUAAAA